CACGUGGCGGGGGUUCCGCGCUGUAACGGAGCGCGGGGCGGUCCCGGGGUGGCCCCGGAUCGCGGGGCGGGGCGGUUCCCGGUGCAGUCGCGGCUGCGCAGGGCUCGCCGCUUCCCCCCGCCGCGAUGGCCGAGGACAAAAUGGAAAUGGCCACUUCUCCAACCUCCAAGUGCAUUAUAUACUGGAAAAGAAAAGUCAAGUCUGAAUACAUGCGUCUCCGGCAGCUCAAGAGGUUCCAGGCAAACAUGGGAGCAAAGGCUCUGUUUGUGGCCAACUUUGCAAAGGUUCAUGAGAAAACUAGAAUCCUGAAUGAAGACUGGAAGAAGCUUCGCGUCCAGCCAGUGCAGCUGAUGAAGCCGGUCAGCGGACACCCCUUCCUGAAGCAGUGUACCGUUGAGAGUAUUUUCCCGGGAUUCCCAAGCCAGACACUGUAUAUGAGGACCCUGAACACGGUGGCACUGGUGCCCAUCAUGUACUCCUGGUCCCCCCUCCAACAGAAUUUCAUGGUGGAGGAUGAAACUGUUCUGUGCAAUAUCCCUUACAUGGGAGAUGAGGUGAAGGAAGAAGAUGAAACUUUCAUUGAAGAACUAAUUAAUAACUAUGAUGGGAAGGUUCACGGAGAGGAAGAAAUGAUUUCAGGGUCUGUCCUCAUCAGCGAUGCCGUGUUCCUGGAGCUGGUGAACGCCCUCAAUCAGUAUUCGGAUGAGGAAGAGGAAGGGCACAAUGAUUCGGAGGUGAAACAGGAGGAAGGGAAAGAGGAGCUGCCAGUCACAAGGAAAAGAAAGCGAAUUGUGGCAGAAGGUAACAAGAAGUGUUCAAAGAAGCGUUUUCCAAAUGACAUGAUCUUCACUGCUAUUUCUUCCAUGUUUCCCGAAUACGGCUUCCCAGAUGACAUGAAAGAGAGGUACAGAGAACUCACAGAAGUGUCGGACCCCAACGUGCUGCCGCCGCAGUGCACUCCUAACAUAGACGGGCCGUGCGCCAAGUCUGUCCAGCGAGAACAGUCCCUGCACUCCUUCCACACCCUCUUCUGCCGCCGCUGCUUCAAAUACGACUGUUUUCUGCAUCCUUUCCAUGCCACUCCUAAUGUGUACAAACGAAAGAACAGAGAGACCAAGAUUGAGCCAGAUCCUUGUGGACCGGACUGUUUCCUCUGGCUGGAAGGAGCCAAGGAGUUUGCUGCGCUGCAUAACCCCAGGUCCAAGUGCUCCGGGCGGCGCCGCCGGAGGCAUCAUGUAGUGGGCACUUCCUGCUCCAACACCCCGGCUUCCACUGUUUCGGAGACAAAGGAGGGUGACAGCGACCGGGACACGGGCAACGAGUGGGCCUCCAGCUCCUCGGAGGCAAAUUCCCGCUGCCAGACCCCCACCAAGCAGAAGCUGAGCCCAGCCUCCUCCCAGCUCUUUGUGGUGGAGACACCGCAGGAGCCCGUCGAGUGGACGGGAGCCGAGGAAUCACUCUUCCGCGUCUUCCACGGGACCUACUUCAACAACUUCUGCUCCAUCGCCAGGCUGCUAGGAACAAAGACGUGCAAGCAGGUCUUUCAGUUUGCAGUGAAAGAAUCGCUUAUAACCAAACUGCCAACAAACGAAUUAAUGAAUCCAUCCCAGAAGAAGAAAAGGAAGCACAGGCUGUGGGCUGCGCACUGCAGGAAGAUUCAGCUGAAGAAAGAUAAUUCGCCUACCCAGGUGUACAACUACCAGCCCUGCGACCACCCUGAGCAUCCUUGCGACAGCUCCUGCCCUUGCAUCAUGACUCAGAAUUUUUGCGAGAAGUUCUGCCAGUGCAACCCUGACUGUCAAAACCGCUUCCCAGGCUGUCGCUGCAAAACUCAGUGCAACACCAAGCAGUGCCCGUGCUACCUGGCUGUGCGGGAGUGUGAUCCGGACCUCUGCCUGACCUGCGGGGCUUCGGAGCACUGGGACUGCAAGGUGGUCUCCUGCAAGAACUGCAGCAUCCAGCGAGGCCUCAAAAAGCAUUUGUUGCUGGCGCCGUCGGAUGUUGCCGGCUGGGGGACUUUCAUCAAGGAAUCUGUGCAGAAGAAUGAGUUCAUCUCCGAGUACUGUGGUGAGCUUAUUUCCCAGGACGAGGCUGACCGUCGCGGGAAGGUCUACGACAAAUAUAUGUCCAGCUUCCUCUUCAACCUCAACAAUGAUUUUGUUGUUGAUGCCACCCGCAAAGGCAAUAAAAUCCGCUUUGCCAAUCACUCAGUGAACCCCAACUGCUAUGCCAAAGUUGUGAUGGUGAAUGGAGACCACCGGAUAGGGAUCUUCGCCAAGAGGGCCAUCCAGGCGGGAGAAGAGCUCUUCUUUGAUUACAGGUACAGCCAGGCAGACGCCCUGAAGUAUGUUGGCAUAGAGAGGGAGACUGAUAUCAUCUAGGUUCCAUGCGGGACAGUCCCCCGCGCACCUUGCUGCUGCACCUUGUAAGCAAUGCCAUGUUUGCUUCACGCUGACAUGACCUGCUGCUGUUCCUGUUGCUCUGUGUGUGUCACAAGUGCUGUUUUCCAUCCAGACGUCCAGAGAGAAAUUUGGGGCAGGAAUUGUGAGCGACUGCUGCUGCUGCUGCAGUGGCAGCUUUGCCAGCUGGGGGAGACUUGCUUUACCGGGUGGUCUCCUCAGGCUGGAAGGAGUGGAGCCUGUGGACCAAGGCAGCUGGGGCUUGAAGAAGUGGUUCAGGAGGAGGGAUAAAUUCUCAGUCUAUUUUCUUCUUGCUGCUGGAAGAAUGCAAGCAAGCGAGGUCCCACCUGCACCGAGAUGUGAGCACGGCUGGGAUGGAGGAGCUGGUGCUCCCCUCCAGCCUUGUCCCCUGGGAUAAGCUCUGGUCUCUUCUUGCUGCUUGUUUUGUCCUGUCGACAAGGACAGCAGCAGGAUUGGAAGCCAUAAAGAUGCAGCGGACCACAAAUUGCUGUUGCUGAGGCUCUGCCCCAGCGGGCUGGGGGACGGCAACCGCCUGGGGAUGGGGAGAGCAACACUAUGCAAGAUGUCACUUUGGGGAGGGACACCGCUGAGCUGGAUAGAGACAGUGUCCAGCGUGCUGCUGCGAGCACAAGAGGGGCCCAGAGGCAGCAGGAAGCUCUUCCAGCCUGCGGUGUGGCUGGGAUGCGGGUGGAUUGGCUCGUGCCGUCCUCGGCUGGUGUGGGGGUGCUUCUGCCAGGCAGCUUUGGGGCCGCAGGGAGGCUCCCACUGACUGCACCCAGAGCAGGGGUGAGGCUUCGGCCACCCUGACCUCACAAUUCCAGAGCUUAUUCCUCCACCCUCCUCUGCCGGGACAGUCCCUUUUGGAGUGGCACGGGCUCUGUGGGAGGUGUUGGGGCAGGUCCCCUUGCACAGGACCUAUUGAAUGUUGCUGGGCUGAGGUUUGAAGGAAACCUACCUAGGGGUUUCUGACCUCCUGGCCCUGGGGAUAAAGGGGGAAUGUUCUCUGAGCAGGGUGAGGUUUGGCCUUAGCACCCCAUGCAAAAAGACAAAGAAAAAAAGCACUUUAAAUUAAUCCUUGUCAGCCAGCAGCCGAGCUCCUUGUCUGCUUUGGGGAUGGAGGGACCACAGGCGUCCUGGAUGGCUGCUCCUUUGCAAAGGUAUUGCUCCAGGCCUGGGAUGUCUGGAUGGGGACUCUUCCCCUGAGCAAGGCCUGGGGUGAUCUGAGGGAUGGGACCGUCCCUUAGGAGCCACACAUGCUGCCAUCCGGGUGCCCAGCCUGGUGCUGGAGGGCAAGGAGCUGGAUGCCCAGUGCUGGGCUCUUGGGAGGGCAGGAGGAGCCCAGCUGAGCCCUGAUGAGGCCCUGUGGGGCCUGGAGCCCCUCAUCCUCUUUAGGGGGAGCAGUGUUUGUCUGGAGCUGCCAUCCAGAGGUGAGCAGCGCUGGAGCCCUUGCCCUGCUCCUUCGGGGAAUCGCAGGGUUCCAGGGCGCAGCCUCCUCUCAGCUAUGUCAUCCACGAAUGCAGAGAGGUGCUGGGGCUGCCCCGGGAGCUGAGCCCUCCCUGGCACAGCCCUGUGCCAUGCCUGGCAGGCGAGGCUGUCUGUCCAUCCUUCCUGCUGUCCGAGAUGCCCUCCUAGGGCUUGGAGGGGUUUGGGUCUGUCUGGAGCAGCGCUUGUACCCUGGCACCUGCCUGCGCCCCCCUCCUUGUUGCCCCUGUUCCCCCCAGCCCUGCCCUCAGCUCAGCGUCCUCUGCCACUUUGGCCAUAUCUGCACUAUGCCAGGCUUGUGUCUGUGGUUUGUUGACAGUGAAUAAUAAUGCACUUUAAAAAUAAUGUGGCUUGUAGCCUUUGUUAUAAUAAAGUGGUAGCAAACAUCAUU